AUGGAAGCCCUCGUUGCCUCCGACAACACUCAAAGCACGGACGGCCGGCCAUCGUCGUUGUCGCUCGCUGAACCUGAACCGUCCGUCUGUCUCCACGUGGCGUUGCCUGAUGGCUUCUCCCUCCCCGCCGCCGUUUGCAGCUACGGAUUCUUUAUGAUGGCGCCGACCGUCUGGAUUCCGCCACGUGUCAGUGAAUCAACGGCACAAGAGGGGCUGGGAGUGAAGAGCGAGGCAGAGGAGGCGGCGGGAGAACCAGGGAGCGCGGAAGGAGGCAGGCGGGAGGCGGGGGAUGGGCGGGAGGGGGCGGAGGGGAGCGGGACAGCCGAGAGGAAAGGGCUCGAUGAGGAGGGGGAGCGGGGGAGCAGUGGGAACGCAUGGGGAGGGGGAGAGCAAGCAUGGGGAGCGAUGGAGCGGCCGCUGAGGCUGGCUGAUGGGCGAGCAGUGAUGGUGCGAAUCACACAGCAUGGCGCUGCUGACGUCACACACCAUGGCGCUGCUGACGUCACACACCAUGGCGCUGCUGACGUCACACAGCAUGGCGCUGCUGACGUCACACACCAUGGCACUGCUGACGUGACACAGCAUGGCGCUGCUGACGUCACACAACAUUGCAGUGCUGACGUCACACAGCAUGACGCUGCUGACGUCUUGGAACGUUCCAGUGGCGACGGCAGCGGAGGCGUGAAGGAGGAGCCUGUUGACGCCCUGUGCGACACGCAUGCCCCCACCGCCAUCAGAAGCGCCACUGCUGAUGCUGCUGCUGCUGGCAGUGGUACGAGAGUGGCGGUGCGGCAAGGCACAUGGCUGCGAGUGAGGGUGAUGGGGUUGGCGCGCAUCACUGCAGCGGACCAUGCACACCUGCUCAUCCGCCCCACACUAGAUCCGCCCCACACUAGAUCCGUCCCUCUCAUGUGGGCUGUCCCUCUCAUCCCGCGCGCUGUCCUCCCUACGCGCAUCGCCGCCAACCUCACGUGCACCCAUUGCCGCACCUCCGUCCCGCCCGCGCCUGCCCUCUCACCACCCCUGCAGGCGCAGGUGAGGCGCAUGCUGCGGCUGUCACCCACCUGCCAGGCCGCCGUGCACGCCUUCCACCGCCGCCACCCCGCCGCCGCUGCUGCCGGCUUUGGGCGGCUCUUCCGGUCGCCGUCGCUCUUUGAGGACAUCGUGAAGGCGCAGCUGCUGUGCAACUGUGGGUGGGGCAGGAGUCUGGCCAUGGCACGUGCGCUCUGCCUCUUGCACCGCCACCACUUCGGCCCUCCCAUCGGUGCACGCGAUUCGCCUGACUGUGUUGGCGCUUUUCCCGAGCCUCACGAGCUCGCGGGCUUGGAGAUACCAUACCUAACCAGCAGGUGCGGGCUGGGGUACCGAGGCCCACGGAUUGCCAAGCUGGCAGCUGACGUGGCAUCUGGUACCAUUGACCUGGAAGCACUCCAGAGGGACUGCCUGCUGGAGAAUCCGCCAAGCGGCUGUGACAUGGCAGCAGUAGGUGCGGAGAGGGAGAUGGCAGGGCAGGCGGGUGUGGGAGGCGGGGAGGGCAGCGAGCAGGCAGACAAAGGAGUGGAGAUGAGAGGGGCAGACGAUGUGGGAGUGGAUGCGAGGAGAGGGGCUGGCAGGAGGAAGAGGAGGAGGAAAUUGGAGGACGAUGGGCGUGAGUUGAACGGAGUGGAGGCAGCAGAGGAGGCGCAGACGCUUGUGGCACGUGAGGACAGCAGCGCUGCAGCUCGCAAGGGGGGGGGCUGCCAUGGCACUGCGCCAUUGACUCACACCGCCAUCAAGGGCAGGAGGCAAGCAGACAGGCGGGGGAGGGCGGGGAGUGCGACGGACAAGGAAGAGGAGGUGGGGUGGGAGGAGGCGGUGAGGCAGAGGGUGCAGCGCUUGCCGGGGUUUGGGCCAUUCUCAUCGGCCAACGCGCUGCAGUGCAUGGGCGUCUUCUGCUUCGUGCCCGCUGACUCCGAAACCAUCCGCCACCUCAAGGCGAGGGGGCAUGCGGGGUGCACGGCUGGCACGGUGGAUGCACUGGCAGCACGAGCGUACGCCACCCACGCGCCCUUCCAGUUCCUCGCCUACUGGUGGGACAUAUGGGGCGAGUACGAGCGGGUGUUUGGCCCCAUGGCGCACCUGCCCUCAUCGCGCUACCCUGCCAUCACGGGCCACAGCAUGCGCGCGGCUGGGGGCGCUGGGGGGGUGGGCAGGGGAGCUGGGGGUAAGGUGAGUGAUGGUGGGGGCAGUGAUGCGGUGGAGGGCAAGGCGGGUGGUGGUGGCGGCGGUGGUGGUGUGAUGGUGAGCGCUCAGCGCCGCCGCACUGGCAGGCGCCGCUCACACGGUGAGUCUAGCAGCCCGCCCACACGCUCCCCUGGUGAUGCAGAGGGGGGUGGCGGGGUAGAUGAGGGGGGUGCAGGGAGAGGCCGAAGAGGUGGUGAGUCAUGUGGAGAUACGGCAUCAGCUGGAGUGGUGAGUGCUGCGGGAGAGGUAGCAGCAGUCGUGGAUGCGGCUGCUGCUGCUGUGGAAGACACUGCUGAUGGCAGGGUGUGUGUGCAGUGCAGUGCAGCAGGCAUGGGCGUGCGGCGCAGCAGGCGGGUCAUGGCACAACGCAGUCAGCGCGGCAGUGCGAGUGGCACGGCCGCCUGUAGUGCCUGCUCAGCGCGGAGCCGUGGUGUGGAGCAGCAAGGGGCGGAGCGGAAGAGCCGGGAGCGUGGCAGUGGCAAGGGGAGGAGGCGAGGGCACAGCGGUGGGGGUGAGAGGGGUGGGGACAUGGGUGUGGGGCGAAUUCAAGGGCCGGUUGGCGGGGGGAGGAGAGGCAGUGCUGCAGUGGGGAGGGGGCGAAGAAGGGGGAGGAGUGAGUUAGAGAGGGAUGAGGUGGGAGGGAGUGAAGGGGGCGAGGAGAGCGGAGGCGAGGCGGGGAUGGAGAUGGUGGUGCGGAGUGGUGAAGAGGAAGGGCGUGAGUGUGUGUGUGCAGAGGCAGUGCAGGCGGAUCAGCAGCCGAGAAAGAUUGGCCCAGGGCAGCAAGGGGGUGGGCAGCAGGAGGGCGAGGAGCAGGGGGGCAGGCAGGUAUGGGUGCAAGGGGAGCUGCAAGCAGGAAGCUUCCACACAGGAGGCGAGGUGGGAGUGGCAGCUGCGUGGGUGAUGGAUGAUGGCAGGUGGGCAGGAGGAGAUGGAGAGUGGGAAGGGCAGGCCAAGCCAAGAGGGGGUGGUGGCAAGGCACCGCCCAAACAGGCGCCUGCUGCUGUAGGCGUGCAGCACUGCCAGCCACGGCCGUGGUGGAUUGGUCGUCUAACAGCCUUUUCCCCGCCUGCUGUGCUCUCCCCUGUGAAGGUGCCCUGCUCCACAGGCCGCACAUGCCACACGCACCUGCGUGCACCACCAUGCAUGCGGUACCUUCCUGCGUGCGGCGACGAAUCACGGUUGGGGAAAGCUCUGGAAGGUCUUCGUACCCAGGCUCCCCUUGCCUCCCCUUCCUUUUUGGCAUCAAGCCUUGUUUCCACAGAGUGA